UCAAACCUUUGAGCGAGUUUGUCUUGGUCCACAGCAUCAUACCUAGGACUUUUCACAGGCACAAACUACAUUUUCUUAUGAAUGGAAAGAGAAAAAAUCAGUUCGGCUUAAAUUGGGACCCAUCCUUCACUGAGAUCAUAGAAGGAAAACAACAAAAGCAAGACAAGCGGAACCGCCAGAAGAGAUGACAAUGACUACAAUUCCAGAAAGUCUUAAUAGCCCUGCCUCAGGAAAAACCGUUUUCAUGGAGUUUGGACCCCCGAGUCAACAAAUGUCGCCUUCCUCCAUGUCUCACGGACACUAUCCCAUGCACUGUUUACAUUCUGCAGGUCAUACCCAGCACGACAGCUACAGUCCUGGCUCAUCGUUCCCCAGAUCUUUGGGUUAUCCAUACGUAAAUUCCGUCGGCAGCCAUUCCACCAGUCCAUAUCUCAGCACAGUACAGACCUACCAAAACAGCUCGGCACUCACACAGACACGGUUAGAGGAUACAGCACCAGAAACAGAGAAAAACACAGUGGUCGAAGGCGGAGAAGUUCGAUUCAACGGCAAAGGCAAAAAGAUUAGAAAACCAAGGACUAUCUAUUCGAGUUUACAGCUUCAAGCUUUGAACAGGAGAUUUCAACAAACUCAGUAUUUGGCGUUACCGGAGAGAGCUGAACUGGCAGCGUCGCUGGGUCUCACUCAGACACAGGUGAAGAUCUGGUUUCAGAAUAAGCGAUCUAAAUUCAAGAAACUAAUGAAGCAAGGCGGUGGCACAGUUGACACCAAUGCUUUAGCCACUGGCCGUGGACUUUCGAGCGGCUCUCCCUCGGUGGCACCUGUUUGGAGCUCGCCGACCACCGUGAAGACUUCAGUGGGCACAACCGGAUCUUACAUUCCCAGCUACACCUCAUGGUAUCCAACCACACACCAAGAGUCUAUGCAACAGUCACAGCUCAUGUGAACAGAGACCUCAGCCCUCUACUCUGCUCAUGGCUCGUGUGUCAGGAUGGUGAAGGGGCUCACAGCCGUUCAGCGCGGCCCAGCACUGAUAAUGCACAACACCAACCCCGGAGUUUGCUGCCGCAUGCCGCCAGCUGACACAGUGGCCUCCUCAUACCGGAUGACGGCAAGCAGCAAAGAAGAAGUAGGAAGAGGAGGAGGAGGGAGCUGGGAGACUGAAAAGGCACGCAAUGUGCCCAAGGGCAACAAGUCCGUGACAGUCAGCGGAAAUCGAAGACAAAUGGAUCAUUUUUUGGCUGCUGUUUAUCACUUUUGUGUCAGUUUCUAUUUUUAAAAAAUCAUAUUUGUGUGAGUUAUUCUGUUGUUGAGCUGUAGGCUACAUGUUUAUAAGAAAACACGUGUUUGUUUACGCCAGAUGUCGGGCCCAAGGUGAUGAAGACCUAAAAUCAAUCUGCAUUCAUCAACAGUUAAAGGUUAAUUAGGCCACAGGGGCGUUUCUCUGACCAAAUAAUAACAGUUUAUAAAUUCCACCAGUAACCAUCCGGCCAUUAUGCUUACAGCACAUUCAACCACAGAGCAUAUUGUGCAAAGCCUCAAAUUGCUACUAUGUUGUUUAUAUGUGUUUGUUAUUUAAGUUAAAUUAUUCAGACUAGUUUUUCUGUUGAGGUCGGUCUGUGUUCAUUUUGUAAGUGUGUUUGAAAUAACAACACUGUGUUGUUAAUGCUGCACUAAUGCAAGCAAAGCUUUUCUAUGCCGUGCCCCGAUGUUAUGUGAAAAAUGUAAAAGGCCUGACGAUUUGCUGCUUAAGAAAAAAAAUCCUGAGGGUGAGCAGCUCAUAUGUCACUGUAUUUUGUACAUAAUUUUCAGAUUUGUUUUUGUGCUGUACUGGAUACGCUGUGAAACAGGGUUUUAGGCUUUCUGUAUUUGUCGAGAUGUGGUUAGUCAACAUAGAAAAUAUUUAGUUUUGUAUUGAUCUCUUUAAUUUAUUUAUCUGUUUCUGAAGUUUAUGUACAUAAUGUGCAAAGUUU